CCAAAGUCAUGGCAUAUUUUGAUUUUUUCCGUAACAAUAUUGAAAAUAAAAGGUGGGAUACUGACUGUAUCAGAGGAUCUUGUUAUGAAAUGUGUCCUCAGGCCGAAAAGAAAUUACGUGAGAAAGAGAAGCUCGUGCAUGUGUUGGAAGUUGUAGGCUCGACACGGCAGCUAGUUAAAAGCUACAGUCGUUCAGCGGCUGACUCAAAUAUAGCAAUUCCUGGACACCUAAGACCAUUUCCUGUUCUUAAAGAAACUAUUCACUAUUUAUUGCUAAGAGUAACAAAAAGGACCGAUGUAACUGUUGCAUGCAUAUAUGACUUCGUAAAUGAUAGAUUGAGAGCCAUACGUCAAGAUAUGACAGUACAGCGACUGGCACCAGAAGAAUGUAUGCAACUUCUUGAACCCAUGAUCAGAUUCUAUGUUUAUUUUGGAUACAGAUUAUGUACUAGUCCAUUAAGUGAAUUUGAUCCAGUAUUAAAUAGAAAAUAUCUAUUGGAAUGUAUGAAAUGGUUUCUAAGCUGCUGUAAUGAUAUGACCAGAGAUAAUGAGCUGACUGAACUAAUAUCAAAUUGGACCAUAAAUAAUGCUGACCAUAGACUAAUAUGUGACAGAGUGUUGGUGGAAAGCUUAUAUUUGUUAUGUAAUUUAGGAGAUAUGCAUCCUUUAUAUAGAUAUUUAUCUUUGAGGCCGGAUAUGAAAAGGGCUCCACUUCUGAGGUUAGCGUACGAGAUGGCAAUAGCAAAUUUGCACGGCAACUUUGUAAAGUUGUGCCGGCUAUCGGAAAAGCUAUGUCCACUCACUUAUUGUGCUUUUUAUUUACACCUACCCACUAUUCAAAGAAGAGGUGUGUCAGUACUGUGCCAGGCGUACAGCAGCCGGCAGGGGAGGGUACCUGCGAGUGCGAUUGCACGUUGGUUGGCACUGCGCAGUGAUGAGUGCGCAGCCUCACUCUGCCAGCACUAUGGCUUCACCACGCAUCCCGAUCACAGCGUACAGUUCAUGAAGGCUGACUUCAAAACUGAUGUUCAUCCGAUGAAACAAGAUGUCUACGUUCCGGACAAAUUAAAAAUUCCAAUACAAGACAUUUUAACAUAUAGAAGUGAUGAUGGAAUGAUUUAUUGAGCUGGUCUCAGAUUGCAACAUAUCAAAAUAGAUUCAAAUGUUGAUAAGAGAAGUCAUUGGAGAAGAUUUGUUUGUAAAAGAUUUGUAAAAGAAUGUAGGUACGAUUAAGGUUUAAAAGAGCGAAAUACUGUGCAAUACUGUAUUCGUGAUUGUUACAUUGCUGGCUGUUUAUAUCUUAAUUCUAAGGUUACCCAACAAAUUGUGAUCUCAUAGUUUUAAAUUAAAAAGAAAACUGUUAUUAUUUU